AUGGAGCUCUCACGACAAGAGUACCCAACGUUGUUGGUAAGAUUGAGCAGCGCAAACCCUAAGGUCAACCAUUAUGGUGGUUCUAAGCUUACCAUUGGUGUUAUUUGCUCUGUUCAGGCUACACUUAAUCCCAGCCAAGCUGCAACCGUCCUCGCCGACCGCAUAAGACUCAUUAACAAAGUCAAUGCGGAUAUCGCGGAUUACUUGCAGGUAUGGCAAUCCGAGGCCCGAUCCGAUCUGGUUCCUGAAAUGAUUGGCGAUAGGAACGACGCCGCGUCGAAGAAGCUUAUGCCCAAGGAUUGCGGAAGCUGGCGCAUAGGCCACAGCAGGACAAUGGAGCUGCUCUUGGGUAAAUCAGACUUCCCUGGAAUUAUUGAAGGUGCCUUGCACCCAACAGAGUCUCUGACCUACGGAACUAGUAUUUUCCAAAUCCCCUGGCAACGCAUCAUCAACGCCACCGAAUCGCUCGCCGUGUCGCACGAGACCCUGGCGACCAAAAUCGAGGAGGAUGUCGAACGACCUCUAAGGGAGUUCAGCAAGGAGAAUCGCGACAUGCAGUCGAUGCCUGGCAUCCAAACCAGUCUGGCGGGGUUGGCAAAGAAUGUGGAGAAUGCGCAAAAGAAGGUUGACAAAGCUAGGGCCAAGGGUGUCAAGGGUGCAGACAAGCUUGCCGUCGAGAUUGCCAAUGCCGAGGAAGUUCAUCAGCAAUGGGACUCGCGGGCCCCGUUCGUUUUUGAGCAACUCCAGGCCGCAGACGAGAGUCGACUCAACCACCUUCGGGACGUGCUAACGCAGUUGGAGACCCAUGAAGUGGAUCAAGUUGAGCGUGCCCGCGAGGCCGCUGAAAGCUGCCUGAACGUCCUCCUGAAUGUUCAAACAGAAGAUGAGAUAAAGACUUUUGCAGCCAAAAUGGUUGGCACACGGGUCCCUAGUGCACCCAUCUCCAGACGACAGACUGAACGGGCGGAGACGCCCAUUGCACAUGAACAGGGACCCCAGCGCACACAGACUGCCCCAUUUGAGUCCCAACACUUCACGCCACCGGCAGAAGCACCGCUUCCGUCCACUCCACACAUUCAAGAUGAUGCCGCAAGCCAGCGAUCAGGGGCGUCUGAAAGGCCUGUCGCUCAGACUCCGCCAGUACCUGAAGCACAGCCACGGCACACUCCUCUAGGGGGUUUGAGACGUCUCGGCACCGUCAUGAACAGGAGAAAGAGCGUUGUUGUGCCCUCUGGAUCCUUCGACAGAAAGGCAGAGAAGAAGCGUAGUCCCUUCUCUGCAUUCAAGCGAGCUGAUUCUCGCGAUAUGCAAAUACCCGAAUCUCCACCUCAAACCCUCUCUGACCGUCCCGACACAUCCUUUACGGAUCAAUCGUCAUUGCGAAACCCUAGUGUGUCUCAAGAUCGGACCGGAUCGUUGACUGCUACCACUAUCCCCGAGGUGCGCUCAGAGAGCAUCUCGAAUGGAACUACAGCAGACGCUCAGGCUGGGUUGGCCAACAAUAAUGUCAACCAGCCACAUGUCGAUUCGGAAGGUUUCAGCGAGCGUCCUUCUACCAUUGAUGAGAUCACGCAUGAGUCUGGUCUGAAUCUCACAAUUCGCGACCAACCCAUCUUUGAGGAUGAGAGCCAGGCGAAGCAGGCCAUGGAUGACAUGGCAAAUACUCUCCGAAUGCGGGCUCAGCAGACAGGCAUGAGACGCAACGCAGGGACCAUUCGUGGGCGCCGUGACGUUCGUAAUACCAUCUUUGUUGCCUCGCCUACCAAUGAGUUGCCACCAUCCUCGGCCGGAUCGGGAUCACAGCCGCCAACCUCUCCAAUGAGGCAUAUGGCCUCACCCAGCGUCACCCCCAGUCUUGCUAAUGAUGACCAUACGGUUUCUGAUACUACGUCCGUUCGCUCCGGACACACCGUUCAUGGCGCCGGAGCUACAAUCCAUCCUGAUCUAUAUGAGCCGGGCCUGAACGCGUCGAUCAUUGAGACAGUCAAUGCAUGGUUCUCCGAGGGCAAUGUUACCAAGUCCUUCGUUGUGGGCGAGCUUGCUCUGGCAAACAACGCCGCGCCCGGCUCUGCGGUAGAUCAAACACGCAUCCGCCUCGAUAACUUCCAGGUGCUAGAGAAGGUCGCAGCCAAUCCCCAUUUCGUCCAGGAGGUUGCCAAAGAUGCCGGCGAUGAGAAACGAGGCGAAUACGAUAUCCGCCUGGGCAGCAUCUCUCGCCCCAUGCCAACAGUCGCAUUCAAAUACCAAGUGCACGUCGACCCAGCCAACCCCUCCGCCUACUGCCCCGUAAUCUUCAAGCCAGUCUGGAACCUAGAAGAACUCCAGGCCAGCGCCAUCAUUUACUAUACGCCCAACCCAUCCUUCAUCUCCGCCUCAGCGGAGCCAAUUACCCUCAAGAACCUCGUUCUAACCAUCAACCUGGACACCGCCGCCGAAGAUCAGACCACCAAGCAGCCACGCGAGUCAGUCGCCCACGCCACCAGCGCCGCUAUGUACCCCAACACCGGCGCCACCUUCCGUCGCAAGACCUCCACCGUCACAUGGCGGAUCCCGGAGCUGGAAGUCAAGACUGCCACCACCCCAGGCGCAGAGGGCAAGUUCCUCGUUCGCUUCGUGACUUCCACCCCGGGACCUCGCAAGGGCACCGUCGAAGCAAAGUUCGAGCUUCACACGACCGACUCCACUUCUCGGCUCGGCAUCACCCGCGCAGCAUCUGAGGCAGAGCAGCCGGAAGUCGAUCCAUUCGCCGACGACGGCCGUGAAUCUCAGUCUUCGGCUGCGUGGCUGGGUGUCCCGACUGCACGCAAGCUGGUCGGUGGGAAGUACGUCGCUUCCUAA